GCAGAGGCCCAGCCGGGGUUGGGGCGGGACAAUCGCGCAGGCCCGCGUCGUGUCAGAACCCGCAUUUAGCACCGCCUGGCCAGGGCGGGCGGGGUCGAGGACCCCAGGUGUGGUCUCCAUGGGGAUGUGUUUUCCCUGCCCCGGGGAGUCCGCGCCUCCCUCCCCGAAUCUGGAAGAGAAAAGAGCAAAGCUUGCAGAUGCUGCAGAGAGAAGACAGAAGGAGGCUGCAUCUAGAGGAAUUCAAGAUGUUCAUUCUGUGGAAGAAAAGAGAAAGAAAAAAGAAAAAAUGGAAAAACAAAUAGCCACCUCUGGGCCCCCACCUGCGGGCGGACUUAGAUGGACAGUUUCGUGAAGCAUAGCAUGAAUGGAAGA